UUAAAUCAUUCAUUUUUUAUCACGCAAAUGACUAUGUCGAAUCAGUGGUUUCCAAUCUGAAACCAGCAGAGACAGCUGUUCAAACAGUCGUUGCUAAGGCAGCUAGCACGUUAGCACAUUAAGUUUAGCUGUUAUAUUCGCUUAACCAGCUAAAAUUCCUGUUGUUAUUGUCAGCGACUAAAGCAUGUGGGAUAUGUGCUCAGCGUUUAUGGGAAACGUCCAUAAUUAAUUGUAACAUGUUAUACUUGGUUAUGUGUUGAUAGCCAUUUACGUUACUGCACUGAGCUGCUGCUCACUAUUGACAGACCGGUACAAGCGUAGCGCAGGCUUUCGUGAUAUUAUAGAUCUAUAUUUCGGUUCUUUCAUUUAAUAGAGGUACGGGAGUAAGUGCAAUAUGGACACGAAUGUUCAGAAAAGGCGAGAAAAUAAGAAGUCAUUACGGGUGAAGGUAAUCAGUCUGGGGAAUGCAGAGGUGGGGAAGAGUUGCAUUAUUAAGCGGUACUGUGAGAAGCGGUUUGUGCCCAAAUAUCUGGCAACUAUUGGAAUAGAUUAUGGAGUAACUAAGGUUCAGGUUCGGGACAGGGAGAUAAAAGUAAACAUUUUUGAUAUGGCUGGACAUCCAUUCUUCUAUGAGGUUCGCAACGAGUUUUACAAGGACUCUCAGGGGGUGAUUCUGGUCUAUGAUGUUGGGCUGAGGGAGAGUUUUGACGCUCUGGAUAGCUGGCUCACAGAGAUGAAGCAGGAGAUGGGUUCACAAGCUAACAUGGAGAACAUCAUCUUUGUUGUGUGUGCCAACAAGGUUGACCUGACAAAAAGGCGGGUUGUAGAUGAAAGUGAAGGAAGGCUUUGGUCCGAGAGCAGAGGAUUUCAUUACUUUGAAACUUCAGCCCAGAGUGGUGAAGGCAUCAAUGAAAUGUUUCAGGCCUUUUUCUCCUCUAUAACGGACAUGUGUGAGAAUGGAGGAAAAAGACCCACUCCGGAAGUCAAUGUAGGUUUUACAAAAGAGCAGGCCGAUACCAUUCGACGAAUUCGCAAUAGCAAAGACAGCUGGGACAUGCUGGGCGUCAAACCAGGAGCAACAAGGGAGGAAGUCAACAAGGCAUACAGAAAGUUAGCUGUACUGUUGCAUCCUGACAAGUGUGUGGCUCCUGGCAGUGAAGAUGCGUUUAAAGCUGUGGUCAAUGCUCGCACUUCCCUGCUCAAGAAUAUCAAGUAGGACAUCUGCCCAUACACACGUGCAUCUCUUCGCCUCCACUAUUUAAAACAUUACUUGUCUGGGAUAUGACAUAAAACUGAAGAUUUUCUUUCAUCUACUGUGUGCCACAAGAAUGUUAUUGUAGUGAAUUUAGUUUGUUUGCUGUGGUGUUUUUUUUUGUGGUGUAUUUAUUUAUUAAGAUUCAUCAAUGUGCAUUUAAAAGCUUUUACUACCAAGAAAACUAUUACGAAUAUAUACAGUUUAAAUGUAUAUACUGUAUAAAUGAAUAUAUAAGUGCAGAUAAUAUUGUAAGACAAUAUAUGAUGUUUUUGACCACCUAUAUUUUGGAGGUAAACCAGUGCUCGAAUUGAAGGGCUCAGGGGGUCCAGGACCCCCUAUAAGGCAUUAGGGGCACCAUAUAAGAGGUAGAAAAUUGACUUUGAUCCCUCAAAUAAUUAAAAAUAAUAAUAAUAAUGACAAAUCUAUAAGAUAUGGGAAAUUUUGUGAAUACAUUUCGGUAAAAUAUAAUAUUGGUCCCACUCAAGAAAAAUCAUCACAUAGUGGGGACUCCCCAUAAGACAUGAUUCAAUUUGAGCACUGGGGUAGAUAUCUUUUUCCAGACACUUAACCAUGUUACAGUACAUCCUACCUAACCAUCUUAUUCAUGUCAAGAAUUACAGUUUCCAUUGAUGUUUACUAUCUGAUUACCUAUUACAAAUCAGAGAAUUCAAAAACACCUCACAAGUACAAACUUGGGAAAUUAGUGCAAUACAAUAUGGUCGUCUUAUCUUGUGACUUUAUAAACCAGAUCACUCACUGGAGUGCUGUAGUUCAUCCGUCUGUUUAGAAUAUAUGUUUAAUAUCCUGUAUUAUGCAGCUCCAUUUGGUAUUUGCACCCGUACAAGUUAGUAAACUUGAGUACAAUAUUUAGGUUUUGUGAUAAUGGAUUUACAUAGUACAUGUUGUGGUCACUAGUGCCAAGUCUGCUGUAUUACAGUAUAUGUGUUUGAGUAUAUACAGUUUACUGGUCCUUGAAAAACACUUGGUGUUUUGGAAACUAUUAAAACAUUGACGUUGAUGUUGAUAAUUUUGUUUAACUGUAAGUAUGUUAAGCAUGAAAGUGAGUCUGUGUCAGUGAUGGGAUCUGAUCCCAGGAUACUGUAGGGCAAAGGGUCUUUGUUUACACUUUAAAAAAAAUUGAGAAUUAACUGUUACACUAGAAAAGGGUCUGACAAAGGUGUGUAGAUGUGCCAACAUGCAUUAGCUUGACUGCUUUGUUGGCUGUUGUAUAUUAAAACUUCUGUAGGUAAUCACUGUAAUGCUAGUAUAUCAAAUAUUGUAUUUUUCUAUGACUUUGUGGCGUUCAAACCAUGUGUACAUGUUGCGAUGUGAGUGCAAUGUUACCAUUAUUUAUAUUUUCAAAACACUUUUUGUUUCUUUUAUUUUUAUGAAAGACUGUGUGUCUUGUACCCAAGAGAUAUUAGACAAUUACCUCUCACGUAGUGUCCAAAAGCAAGUUGACUAUUCUGAUUUCUUCAUGUGUCAUUAUCUCCCCAUAGGGAUCAAAGACGGAUCACUUUUUUCCUCCUUUUGUUUUAUGUCAUGACAUGGAUUUGUCUGACCUUAAAGGUGUUUAAUGGCAUGAGAAAGAAGCAUGAACAAACAUGUUUGUGAUUAUGCCGAACUCAAAGAUCAAGAUGUUUACAAGAAUGUCAAGGCCACUGCUCGAGGGAAAAAGUUAGUGGCUCUGUUUUGUGCACAGAAGCUGUUACUUUCUCCAUGCAUGUGGCACAAUUUAAUAAAGAAUA